AUGCCGUGGCUACGCCCCCCACGGAGAGCGCUGUGCUUCCUGUGCAUCGCCAGCUGCGAGUCCGUGGGCUCUUCCUUCGCGGUGCAUUCGGUCUUUGCUGCGGCGGCCAAGACCUCACCAUCUCGUGCGGCAGCGGAUGUUGUCCGUGGGGGGGCAGCGAGCAGCAGCACCAGCGGGCGUGGCACGCUGGGGAUGGCAAGCGGUGGGCCGUAUGACAACAGCGGCGGAGGUGGAAGACAGGGCGUGCCGGCGGUGCAAGCCGUGGCCGAAGGGCAGCGAGUCGCGGUGCCCGUUGCGGGAGAAGAGGAGGAGCUUGGGCUCGCGGAAGCGUUGGCAUCGACGAUGCCGCAGGCGCCACCGCCCCCUUUGCCUUCCAUUGAAGAGGGAGAGGCUUCCAACAAGAAACAGAGGAAGAACCCGGAGAAAAUGCAGAAGGACCGCAAGGCCAGGGGAAAGACCGGGGGCAAGGCCGGGGGGGUCAAGAUAGAGCUCGGCAAGUACAAGGCCGCCCCUUUCGAGCCGGGCACCUUCUCUCCAAACAUCCUCUACGCCGUGCAGCUGCUGAGAUCAGAGGAGGACGAGAGCUUCGGGGCCGCCUUCAUAUCCCUAAGAGCAGCGAACGACGGAGCCCCCACUCGCACGUGGAACGUGGGACGGCCGAACGCCACCUCCAUGAUGGCGCUGGCUCGCUUCAAGCUGUGGUGGAUGAUGCCCAAGCACACGACCAAGGCCAACGAGAUUCCGCCGGAGACGCAGAUGAUGCUGACCAAGCUGCCGCCCGAUCCGGAGACUGGACGGCAGCUGUACGGGCUCUUCAUCCCCCUUAUCGACGGUCAGGCCAAGUGCAACCUUAAGGGUCUGCCGGACCGGAGCUUGCAGCUCUUCGCCGAGACGGGCUGCCCCAACACUCCCGUGCCCAGCAGUGACGUGGCGGGACUGUACGUCGGAGUGGACGAGGACCCGUUCAAGCUCGUUGAGAAAAGUUUCAAGCUGGUCAACGCACGACUGAGGAACCAGGUCAAGGCGGGCUCCUUUGGGGCGGGGGGGCUUGUCCCAGGUCUCGUGCACGAUGCCGAAAAACAGCUCUCCAGGUGGAAGAAAUCGGAGGUGAUCAGCAAAAAGGUGGACAAGACAUCUCCCGAUUUUUCAAACUACCUCGGCUGGUGCACCUGGGACAGCUUCUACACCAGAUUUAUUUCAUCUCAGAUUUUGUGUUCAUUUACAUGGUUAUUCUGGCUUCUUCGCACGGCGUAA